CAAAGAAGUCACAGAGAAGAGGAGAAGAAGAGAGUGAAAGCUGCUUCAGAGAAUCAUCCAUCUCCAUCUUCCUUCCAUAGUCUUCCUCCUCCUCGAACUCCUCGUUGCUCUUCGUUCUCGGAAAAUCUCCAGUCUCUAAUUUAAUUGCUUCUAUAAAAACCCUAGUUAACCCAACCUUGUCUUUGAGGUUUAGAGAUUGUCGGAGACGGCGGAGGAUCUCCGCCGUGUAAAUUAAUUAGCUUGUGUAGGUCAUCUCUUAGUUCACCAUGAGUCCAAUUCAGAAUUUCGAGCAACACUCCCGUCGUCUCGUGGAUCCUGACCUACCCAUCCAAACAAGGCUUGAGAUGGUGGUGGAGGUCAGGGACAGUUUAGAGAUAGCUCAUACAGCUGAGUACUUAAACUUCUUGAAAUGCUACUUCCCUGCCUUCUCAGCCAUCCUUCUUGAUAUCACAAAACCUCAGCUCAUUGACAACCCUGAGCACAAGCUACGCAACAUCGUCGUCGAGAUUCUUAACCGUCUUCCCCACAGUGAGGUUCUUCGUCCCUUUGUUCAAGACCUCCUGAAAGUCGCAAUGCAGGUGCUCACCACUGAUAACGAGGAGAACGGGUUGAUUUGCAUCCGCAUUAUCUUCGACCUUCUUAGGAACUUUAGGCCAACGCUAGAGAACGAGGUUCAGCCUUUCCUGGACUUUGUCUGCAAGAUCUACCAGGUUUUCAGAUUCACUGUUAGUCAUUUCUUUGAUAACGUUAAGAUGGAAGAGGUGAAGCCUGUGGAGACGUCUACUUCUUCUGAUCAGUCCCUUACCCCUAUUGCACCUGUUGGGAAUGGGCAGCUUAACCCGAGUACACGGUCGUUCAAGAUUAUCACUGAGAGCCCUCUUGUUGUUAUGUUCCUUUUCCAGCUCUAUAGCAGACUUGUUCAGACCAAUAUUCCUCAUUUGCUUCCCUUGAUGGUUGCUGCUAUAUCCGUCCCUGGACCUGAGAAUGUUCCUUCUCAUUUGAAGCCUCAGUUCAUAGAGUUGAAGGGUGCACAGGUUAAGACGGUUUCCUUUUUGACAUAUUUGUUAAAAAGUUGCGCUGAGUAUAUCCGCCCCCAUGAAGAAAGCAUAUGUAAGAGCAUUGUAAAUUUGCUUGUGACCUGUUCAGAUUCUGCAUCUAUCAGAAAGGAACUUUUAGUCUCAUUAAAGCAUGUACUUGGGACGGAUUUUAAGAGAGGUCUAUUUCCUCUUAUCGACACUCUUUUAGAUGAGAGGGUUCUUGUUGGAACUGGGCGAGCUUGUUUUGAGUCUUUAAGGCCUUUGGCUUACAGCCUACUCGCGGAAAUCGUUCAUCACGUUCGCGGAGAUCUGUCUCUUUCUCAGUUAUCGCGGAUUAUUUACCUAUUUUCAAGAAACAUGCACGACUCUACCCUCUCUCUUAGUAUCCAUACCACAUGUGCCCGGCUGAUGCUAAAUCUGGUAGAACCAAUAUUCGAGAAAGGUGUUGAUCAGCAGUCAAUGGAUGAAGCACGGAUUUUACUGGGACGUAUCCUGGAUGCCUUUGUUGGGAAAUUCAGUACCUUCAAGCGAACUAUUCCUCAGCUUUUGGAGGAGGGUGAGGUGGGAAAGGAUCGGGUCACUCUGAGGGCUAAACUUGAACUUCCUGUCCAGGCAGUUUUGAAUUUGCAGGUUCCUGUAGAACAUUCAAAAGAAGUAAAUGAUUGUAAAAAUCUGAUCAAGACACUGGUCAUGGGAAUGAAAACAAUAAUAUGGAGUAUAACACAUGCUCAUUUACCUCGACCUCAGGGUUUGAACCCUCAAGCUCUUGCCUCACAAGCGUCUGCUCCUCAGGGUUUUAAAGGAAUGAGAGAAGAUGAGGUGUGGAAAGCCUCUGGUGUUUUAAGGAGUGGUGUCCACUGCUUAGCUCUUUUUAAAGAAAAGGAUGAGGAGAAGGAAAUGCUUAGUCUUUUCUCCCAGAUUCUUGCUAUUAUGGAACCUCGAGAUCUGAUGGACAUGUUCUCUUUAUGCAUGCCGGAGCUUUUUGAGAGCAUGAUUAACAAUAAUCAGCUGGUUCAGAUAUUUGCAGCACUUCUGCAAGCUCCCAAAGUCUACAAGUCAUUUGCAGAUGUUUUGAUUAAUUUACUAGUAAGCAGCAAACUUGAUGUCUUGAAGAAUCCAGAUUCAGAUGCAACUAAACUAGUUUUGCAUCUAUUUAGAUGCAUCUUUGGGGCUGUUACCAAAGCACCAUUGGAUUUUGAAAGAAUAUUACAGCACCACGUCCCUGUUAUUAUGGAAGUCUGCAUGAAGAAUGCUACCGAGGUUGAAAAGCCUCUUGGCUAUAUGCAAUUGCUCCGCACAGUGUUCAGAGGUCUCGCUGGGUGUAAAUAUGAGCUGCUUCUGAGAGAUUUGAUACCAAUGCUGCUACCUUGUCUUAAUAUGCUGCUAACAAUGCUCGAGGGCCCAGCUGGGGAGGACAUGAAAGAUCUUUUGUUAGAGCUUUGUUUGACGCUUCCUGCACGCUUAAGCUCAUUAUUGCCGUACCUUCCCCGUCUCAUGAAGCCUCUUGUAUCUUGCUUGCGGGGAAGCGAUGAACUUGUGAGCUUGGGGUUACGCACCCUUGAAUUCUGGGUGGAUAGUCUGAAUCCUGAUUUUCUGGAACCUAGCAUGGCAAAUGUGAUGUCUGAAGUGAUCUUAGCAUUAUGGUCCCAUUUGAGGCCUGUGCCAUAUCCUUGGGGUGGAAAAGCGUUGCAAAUUCUUGGAAAGUUGGGUGGUCGUAACCGAAGAUUUUUAAAAGAGCCACUUACACUUGAAUGCAAAGAUAAUCCUGAGCAUGGUCUCCGCGUAGUUCUUACAUUUGAGCCAUCCACGCCUUUUCUAGUGCCGUUAGAUAAAUUCAUUAAUCUUGCUGUAGGAGCGGUUAUUCACAGGAACCAAGGCAUAGACAUUUACUACAGAAAGCAAGCUCUAAAAUUCCUCCGUGUAUGCCUAUUGUCUCAGCUUAAUUUGCCUGGCUGUGUCACUGAUGUGGGCCAAACGCCCAGGCAAUUAUCAACUCUGUUACGUUCCUCUGUUGAUUCAUCUUGGCACAGGAGCGAAUCAGUGGAAAUGAAGGCUGACUUAGGAGUAAAAACAAAGACCCAGUUAAUGGCUGAGAAGUCAAUCUUCAAGACACUCUUGAUCACCAUACUUGCUGCCAGUUCUGAUCCGGAUCUUAGAGAUCCGGAUGAUGACUUUGUUGUAAACAUUUGCCGCCAUUUUGCGAUUAUCUUGCAUAUCGAUUAUACCUCCACAAAUGCAUCAACUAGCACUGGUUCACUUGGGGGCUCUGUGAUUUCGGCGAGUUCAAGGACCAAGAGUAAUCGAUCAUCUAACUUAAAGCAGUUAGAUCCUUUGAUAUUUUUAGACGCGCUGGUCGAUGUGCUUGCAGACGAAAAUAGGCUCCACGCCAAAGCAGCUCUUAAUGCGUUAAAUGUCUUUUCUGAAACACUUUUGUUCCUUGCUCGUGUCAAACAUGCUGAUGUACUGAUGGCUAGGGGUGGUCACAAUGCUUCCAUGAUUGUCUCCAGCCCUUCUACAAAUCCAGUAUAUUCACCACAUCCAAGUGUGCGAAUACCAGUGUUUGAACAACUUUUGCCCCGGCUUUUGCAUGGAUGCUACGGGAGCACGUGGCAAGCACAGAUGGGAGGGGUUAUGGGGUUAGGUGCACUGGUGGGGAAAGUGAAUGUCGAAACAUUAUGUCAUUUCCAAGUAAAGAUUGUGCGUGGUCUGGUUUAUGUGCUAAAGAGGCUUCCUGUUUAUGCUAGCAAAGAGCAAGAAGAGACAAGUCAGGUUCUUAUGCAGAUUCUACGAGUGGUUAAUAAUGUUGACGAAGCAAACAGUGAAGCACGUAGAAAAAGCUUUCAAGAUGUGGUAGAAUAUCUUGCUACAGAGCUGUUCAAUCCUAACGCAUCCAUCCCUGUGAGGAAAAAUGUACAGAACUGCCUUGCACUUUUGGCCAGCCGAACUGGAAGUGAGGUAACUGAGUUGCUUGAGCCUUUGUACCAAGUAUUGCUGCAGCCACUUAUAAUGCGUCCACUCCGAUCAAAGACAGUUGAUCAACAGGUUGGAACGGUUGCAGCUCUGAAUUUUUGCUUGGCACUGAGGCCUCCCCUUCUUAAAGUGACUCCAGAGUUGGUUAAUUUUCUGCAAGAAGCAUUACAAAUAGCCGAGGCUGAUGAAACUGUCUGGACAGUGAAGUUGAUGAAUCCUAAAGUGCUUACAUCAUUGAACAGGCUUCGAACAGCUUGUAUCGAGCUUCUGUGCACAACUAUGGCAUGGACUGAUUUCCGAACGCAAACUCACAAUGAACUACGUGCCAAGAUAAUUUCUAUGUUUUUCAAGUCUCUAACGUGUAGAGCACCAGAAAUAGUGGCGGUUGCUAAGGAGGGUUUAAGACAGGUUAUUAAUCAACAACGAAUGCCCAAGGAACUUCUUCAGAGUAGCCUCAGGCCGAUACUAGUUAAUUUGGCACACACAAAGAAUCUCAGUAUGCCUUUACUGCAAGGUCUAGCACGCCUGCUUGAACUUCUGUCAAAUUGGUUUAAUGUGACAUUAGGAGGAAAGUUGUUAGAGCACCUGAAGAAAUGGUUGGAGCCGGAGAAACUUGCUCAGUCCCAAAAAUCAUGGAAAGCUGGAGAAGAGCCAAAAAUAGCAGCUGCCAUUAUUGAGCUCUUUCACUUACUUCCACAUGCUGCCUCGAAAUUUCUAGAUGAACUUGUAACCUUAACGAUUGACUUAGAAGCAGCUCUUCCUCAUGGGCAAGUGUACAGUGAGAUUAAUAGCCCAUACCGUCUACCGCUUACUAAGUUCUUGAAUCGAUAUGCAAGCCUCGCUGUUGAUUAUUUUCUUUCUAGAUUGAGUCAACCAAAAUAUUUCCGAAGGUUUAUGUAUAUAAUACGAUCAGAUGCUGGCCAACCGUUAAGAGAAGAACUAGCAAAGUCUCCACAGAAGAUACUUUCAUAUGCCUUUCCUGAUAUUUUGCCAAAACCUGAUGCUACAAUGAGCAUGGCAGCUUCAACUCCUCCAGCUAAAUCAUGUGGAGAUGAGAAUCUUGUCUCUGUUAAAUCAGAGAGUUCUAACACGGCACAGACAAAGGCUAAUGCAGCAUCGGAUGCGUAUUUUCAGGGUCUUUACCUCAUCAAAACAAUGGUUAAACUGAUACCCAGCUGGCUGCAGAGUAACCGCAGUGUUUUUGAUACCUUGGUUCUCAUUUGGAAAUCGCCUUCAAGGAUAUCUCGCUUGCAGAAUGAGCAAGAACUGAACUUAGUUCAGGUGAAAGAGAGCAAAUGGCUUGUUAAGUGCUUCUUGAAUUACCUACGGCAUGAAAAAUCUGAAGUGAAUGUUCUCUUCGACAUUCUCUCGAUUUUCUUGUUUCAUAGCCGCAUUGACUACACCUUUUUGAAGGAAUUCUACAUUAUUGAGGUUGCAGAAGGUUAUCCGCCUAACAUAAAAAGGGCACUUCUCCUGCAUUUUCUUGACCUUUUCCAUUCCAAACAACUCGGCCAUGAUCAUUUAGUUCAGGCGAUGCAAAUGCUUAUUCUUCCAAUGCUUUCCCAUGCUUUCCAAAACGGCCAAACAUGGGAGGUCAUUGACCCUGAUAUAGUCAAAACCAUUGUGGAGAGGCUUCUUGAUCCACCCGAAGAGGUUUCGGCUGAAUAUGAUGAACCUUUGAGGAUCGAACUUUUGCAAUUAGCAACUUUUCUUCUAAAAUAUCUUCAGAGUGACUUGGUUCAUCAUAGAAAAGAGCUCAUUAAGUUUGGAUGGAAUCAUCUCAAACGGGAAGAUAGUGCCAGUAAACAGUGGGCAUUUGUAAAUGUUUGCCACUUCUUGGAUGCUUACCAGGCUCCCGAGAAAAUUAUUCUUCAGGUUUUUGUGGCGCUUCUUAGGACAUGCCAGCCGGAGAAUAAGAUGCUUGUUAAGCAAGCCCUGGAUAUUCUAAUGCCAGCUUUACCUAAAAGGCUACCUCUGGGGGAUUCACGCAUGCCAAUUUGGAUAAGAUACACCAAAAAAAUAUUGGUGGAGGAAGGUCAUUCAAUUCCAAAUUUGAUCCACAUCUUCCUGCUUGUUGUUCGGCAUUCAGAUCUCUUUUACAGCUGUAGAGCACAAUUUGUCCCUCAGAUGGUGAAUUCUUUGAGUCGUCUGGGUUUGCCGUAUAAUACUACUGCGGAGAAUAGGCGGCUGGCAAUUGAACUUGCUGGAUUGGUUGUCAGCUGGGAAAGGCAAAGACAGAAUGAAAUGAAAAUGGUCACUGAUACCGAUGGAACGAGUCAUGCCACUGAUGAAUUGCAUACGUCAUCUGGUGUUGAUCCUAAGCGUUCAACAGAAUCUGCCACAUCAGAGGAUCCAAGUAAGCGAGUUAAAAUUGAACCUGGUCUCCAGUCAAUUUGUGUUAUGUCACCUGGUGGUGCAUCAUCAAUCCCCAACGUAGAAACUCCUGGGUCUGCUACUCAGCCUGAUGAGGAGUUCAAGCCAAAUGCUGCCAUGGAAGAAAUGAUCAUUAAUUUUCUCAUAAGAGUUGCAUUGGUAAUUGAGCCGAAGGACAGAGAAACCAACACUAUGUACAAACAGGCAUUAGAUCUGCUUUCGGAAGCUUUGGAGGUUUGGCCAAAUGCUAACGUCAAGUUCAACUAUUUAGAAAAAUUGCUGAGCAGCAUGCCACCGUCUCAGUCAGAUCCGUCAACAGCACUUGCUCAGGGAUUAGAUGUCAUGAACAAAGUUCUGGAGAAGCAGCCGCAUCUUUUCAUUAGGAACAACAUCAACCAGAUUUCGGCGAUUCUUGAACCGUGUUUCAAACACAAGAUGCUGGAUGCUGGUAAAUCUUUAUGCUCCUUGUUGAAGAUGGUCUUCACCGCAUUUCCACUGGAUGCAGCUAAUACACCUCCUGACAUAAAGCAAUUGUACCAGAAAGUGAAUGAGCUGAUAAACAAACAUGUCACUGCUGUUACCGCUCCACAGGCUUCAGGAGAUGAUACCUCUUUUGGUUCAAUUAGCUUUGUACUUCUCGUCAUUAAAACCUUGGCCAAGGUACAUAAAAACUUUGUUGAUUCCUAUGUGGUGGUACGUAUCCUUCAACGCCUUGCGCGAGACCUGGGAUCAGCAGUGGGUUCCCAUCCUAGACAAGGUCCGCGAGCAGAUUCAGAUUCUGCAGUAACUUCUUCUCGUCAAAGUGCUGAUGUUGGAUCAGUCAUAUGUAAUAUAAAGUCGGUCUUGGAACUUAUUGAUGAAACGGUCAUGCUUAUACCAGAUUGCAAAAGAUCUGUGACUCAAAUACUAAACACCUUACUUUCUGAAAAGGGUACUGAUGCUAGUGUGCUACUCUGCAUACUAGACAUGCUAAAAAGGUGGGUGGAGGAUGAUUUCAGCAAAACAAGUGCAUCUGGAAUGUCUGGUUCUUUCCUUACCCAAAAGGAUGUAGUUGCUUUUCUCAGUAAGCUUUCAUAUAUUGAUAAGCAACACUUCUCAUCUGAUGCUUUGGAAGAGUGGGAUCAGAAGUAUCUCCAGCUACUAUAUGGACUUUGUGCUGAUUCAACAAAGUACCCACUGUCCCUACGACAAGAGGUCUCUCUGAAAGUUGAAAGACAUUUCAUGCUGGGUUUACGGGCAAGGGAUCCUGAGUUGAGAAGGAAGUUCUUCAUCUUAUAUCACGAGUCUCUUGGGAAAAAUUUGUUCUCACGGUUGCAGUACAUUAUUCAAAUCCAGGAUUGGGAAGCUUUAAGUGAUGUUUUUUGGCUCAAACAAGGUCUUGAUCUCCUUCUAGCUAUAUUAGUCGAGGACAAGGCAAUUAGUCUGGCGCCAAAUUCGGCCAGGGUAACACCGCUUCUGCCUUCUGAUAAUUCUGGAAUACAACACCAACCUCUGGCUACCUUGGAGGGUCCUGACGAAGUUACUUCAAUGUUUGACAACAUUGUUAUGAAGCAUGCCCAAUUUCUGAGCGCGGCAAGCAAACUCCAGGUGGCUGAUGUUGUCAUCCCUUUAAGGGAGCUGGCGCACACGGAUGCCAAUGUUGCAUAUCAUCUGUGGGUUUUGGUGUUUCCAAUUGUAUGGGUAACCCUUCUCAAGGAAGAACAAGUAGCUUUGGCUAAGCCUAUGAUAUCUCUCCUGUCAAAGGACUACCAUAAGAAGCAGCAAGGACACCGGCCAAAUGUUGUGCAAGCACUUCUGGAAGGGCUUCAGUUGAGCCACCCUCAACCUAGGAUGCCUAGUGAGCUUAUCAAAUAUAUAGGAAAAACGUACAAUGCAUGGCAUCUCGCAUUGGCGUUGCUAGAGAGCCAUGUGAUGUUGUUCACGAAUGACUCAAAAUGUGCUGAGUCUCUUGCUGAGCUUUAUCGUUUGUUAAAUGAAGAAGAUAUGAGAUUUGGGUUGUGGAAGAAGAGGUCCAUCACUGCUGAAACAAGAGCUGGACUCUCAUUAGUUCAGCAUGGUUUUUGGCAGCAUUCUCAGAGCCUCUUUUAUCAGGCAAUGGUUAAGGCAACCCAGGGCACUUAUAAUAACACAGUCCCUAAAGCUGAAAUGUGUCUGUGGGAGGAGCAGUGGCUUCACUGCGCCACACAGCUUGGUCAAUGGGAUGCCAUGGUAGAUUUUGGAAAAAGCAUUGAGAAUUAUGAAAUAUUGCUUGAUGGUCUUUGGAAACUACCAGAUUGGGCAUAUUUGAAGGACCACGUAAUACCAAAGGCGCAAGUGGAAGAGACUCCAAAGCUUCGCCUCGUUCAAGCUUAUUUUGCCCUUCAUGACAGAAACUCAAAUGGUGUCGGAGAUGCUGAGAACAUAGUUGGGAAAGGCGUUGAUCUUGCCUUGGAACAGUGGUGGCAGUUGCCUGAAAUGUCUGUUCAUGCUAGAGUGCCAUUACUACAGCAAUUCCAGCAACUAGUUGAGGUUCAGGAGUCUGCUAGAAUUCAUGUUGACAUCGCAAAUGGGAACAAAGUUUCAGGAAACGCUGCUGUUGGUGCACUGGGAAAUCGUUAUGCAGAUCUGAAGGAUAUUCUCGAGACUUGGAGGCUGAGGACUCCAAAUGAAUGGGACAAUAUGACAGUCUGGUAUGAUAUGCUGCAGUGGAGGAAUGAAAUGUAUAAUGUCGUUAUUGAGGCGUUUAAGGACUUUGCUGCUUCAAAUUCUCCACUUCAUCACCUAGGGUUCCGUGACAAAGCAUGGAACGUCAAUAAGCUUGCCAGGAUAGCUCGGAAACAAGGGCUUUAUGAUGUUUGUGUGCAGAUACUUGAAAAAAUGUAUGGACACUCGACAAUGGAAGUACAGGAAGCCUUUGUUAAAAUUAGAGAGCAAGCAAAAGCUUAUCUGGAAAUGAAGGGAGAGCUUGCUAGUGGUCUUAAUCUGAUCAAUAGCACAAAUUUGGAGUAUUUUCCAGAUAAAAUCAAAGCAGAGAUCGUUCGUCUGAAAGGGGAUUUUCAUCUAAAAUUAAAUGACACUGAAGGUGCUAAUAUCGCAUAUUCUAAUGCAAUCACCCUGUUCAAGAACUUACCCAAGGGAUGGAUAAGCUGGGGAAAUUACUGUGACAUGGCCUACCAAGAAACACAAGAAGAAAUCUGGCUUGAAUAUGCUGUCAAUUGCUUUCUUCAGGGUAUAAAAUUUGGAGUUUCCAACUCCAGAAGUCAUAUAGCUCGUGUUCUUUAUCUUCUUAGCUUCGAUACAGCGAAUGAGCCUGUUGGCAGGGUGUUUGAUAAACACUUAGAACAAGUUCCUCACUGGGUGUGGCUUUCUUGGAUCCCACAGCUGUUACUUUCCCUACAAAGAACUGAAGCACCCCAUUGCAAACUAGUCUUAUUGAAAAUUGCGACAGUCUUCCCACAGGCUCUCUAUUACUGGUUGCGCACAUACUUACUGGAGCGACGUGAUGCGGUAAAUAAGUCUGAACUUGGCAGGUUGGUUUUGGCUCAAAGAAUGCAGCAAAACGCUUCUGGCGUAGCGGGUCAUGGUGGAGGCAAUUUACCAUCGGAAACUCAUCAAAGCGCUCAAAUUAGUGGAGCCGGUGGAACCCAUAACAGUGGUAACACACAUGGCCAAGAAAGUGAACGCUCCACAGCAGAAAAUAAUACCCAUCCCGGGAAUGAUCAAUCUAUGCACCAAAGCAGCUCUACUAUUAAUGAAAACACAGCGAGACAGAAUGGUGCUUCCUUAGCAAUGUCUGCGGCUGGUGCUUUUGACGCUGCCAAGGAUAUCAUGGAAGCUCUUAGGAGUAAACAUAACAACUUAGCCAGUGAACUCGAGGUUCUUCUCACGGAAAUAGGUUCGAGAUUUGUUACAUUACCAGAAGAAAGAUUGCUGGCUGUUGUGAAUGCUCUGUUGCAUCGCUGUUACAAGUAUCCAACUGCAACCACUGCUGAGGUUCCCCAACCGCUCAAAAAGGAACUGUCGGGUGUCUGCAGAGCUUGUUUCUCGGCAGAUGCUGUGACCAAGCAUGUCGAAUUUGUGAAAGAGUACAAGCAGGAGUUUGAGCAUCACCUUGAUCCAGAAAGUACAAGUACAUUCCCGGCCACACUUGCUGAGCUUACAACGCGACUGAAGAAAUGGAAAAACAUUCUCCAGAGCAAUGUUGAAGACAGGUUUCCGGCUGUGUUGAGAUUGGAAGAUGAAAGCAGGGUAUUGCGUGACUUCAAUGUUGUUGACGUGGAGAUACCAGGGCAGUACUUUGCUGAUCAGGAAGUAGCACCUGAUCAUACAGUAAAGCUGGAUAGGGUUGGAGCAGAUGUACCUAUUGUUCGAAGGCAUGGAAGCAGCUUCAGGCGGUUGACUCUUAUUGGCUCAGAUGGCUCCCAGAAGCAUUUUAUAGUCCAGACUUCAUUGACUCCUAAUGCCCGAAGUGAUGAACGGAUUUUGCAGCUUUUCCGUGUGAUGAACCAAAUGUUUGAUAAGCAUAAGGAAUCAAGAAGACGACACAUUGGAAUUCACACUCCAAUCAUCAUUCCUGUCUGGUCUCAGGUCCGGAUGGUUGAGGAUGAUCUCAUGUACAACACUUUCCUUGAGGUGUAUGAGAAUCACUGUGCACGGAAUGACCGAGAGGCAGAUCUUCCGAUUAGCCACUUCAAGGAACAACUCAAUCAAGCAAUAUCAGGGCAAGUGUCAGCAGAGGCAAUUGGAGAUCUUCGUUUCCAGGCUUACAGUGAAAUCACAAAAACCUUGGUCAAUGACAGUAUAUUCUCUCAGUACAUGUACAAGACACUGAUGAGCGGAAGCCAUAUGUGGGCUUUCAAGAAGCAGUUUGCAGUCCAGCUAGCUGUCUCUAGUUUCAUGUCGUUCAUGCUUCAAAUUGGUGGGAGGUCCCCGAACAAGGUCUUGUUUGCAAAAAACACCGGGAAAAUGUUCCAGACAGAUUUUCAUCCUGCCUAUGACGCCAAUGGGAUGAUCGAGUUUAAUGAACCAGUGCCUUUCCGACUCACAAGGAACAUGCAAGCGUUCUUCUCUCAGUUUGGAGUCGAAGGUCUUCUCAUGUCAUCCAUGUGUUCAGCAGCUCAAGCAGUUAUCUCCUCUAAGCAAAACGAUCAUCUUCGGUAUCAACUAGCUAUGUUCUUCCGUGAUGAAUUGCUGUCGUGGUUUGGAAGAAGACCUCUUGGUAUGCCGAUUCCUCCCGUUGGAGGGAUUGCUACAUUGAACUCAGCCGAGCUGAAGGACAAAGUUAACUCCAACGUGAACGAUGUCAUUGGCCGGAUCAGAGGAAUAGCCCCACAGUACUUUUCCGAAGAGGAUGAGAACAUUGUGGAGCCGCCACAGUCGGUGCAAAGGGGAGUGAACGAGUUGGUGGAGGCAGCCUUGUCGCCUCGCAACUUAUGUAUGAUGGAUCCAACAUGGCAUCCUUGGCUCUUGCAGCGACACUUGAUGAAGAAGAGUUGGCUUUUUUCCAUCUUAGAAACCAGUGUGAUGCCAUUGAUGUUGAUAAGAAUUGCACCAUUAGCCUUGACGGGAUGA